AGUAAGAAGUACUGUUGCUUUGGUGAAAGAAUGGUCCUUGUGAUCUGAAACUUCCUACAUAACUUACAUAAAGACUCGCGUCUAUGUUACAACCUUGACAUGCUCACUGGCUUGCAGUUCUUCAAUCUUUUUGUAUAAUGUUCUUGAGAGAUAGAUAUGUCAUCAAUGUUCGCCAUUUGAGUUGGCUACAAGAUUUUCUUUGUUCUGUAGUCAUGUUUUGUUCGUUUCUUAAGUAAUCGACUACUCUACUUGUUUGUUUUUAUGAGAAAAGAAUCAUAAGAUGAAGUGAAUCUUAAGAGAUCCAAGUCACUCCAAAGGGAAACACGGUCCUCCAUGUCGCAGCCCUCUAUGUCCACUCCCGUUUCGCGGCAGAAGUCCAUAAGAUUACUCCGGCAUUGUUAUGCUGUCAAAACAAGAAAAAUGAAACCGCUCUUCCCAUAGCAGCUAAUGAAGGGCAUACUGAAGUUGUCUGUGUGCUACUAGCAUGUGUCGAAGGUCAUAAUACUAAUGAUAAGCUCACGAGGAUGACAGAUGCUAGUGGAGAUACAGCCCUGCACAAGGCCGUGCGGAGCCAACAUCUAGAUGUGGUUAAGCUCUUGGCGAAAGAAGAUCCUGAAUUUGAAUUUCCGCCUAAUCAUGCACAGGAGACACCACUGUAUCGGGCGGCUGAAUCUGGUUUUCAGGAUGCUUUGAUUGUCAUCUUGAAAUCCUGCAAGAAACCAACUUACGCUGCAGGUCCAUCUAAUAGAACACCUCUGCAUGCAGCAGUAAUUCAGAAACAUAAAGGUACAAAAUCUUAGUGUCUGUCGUGCAACUAUAUUUGCGAGAAGAUCUAACCCCUUAUUUAUGCAUUUAUCGUAUUGACACAUCCAGAUUACAUUAGAUCACUAUGGCGAUGGAAUAAGCCUUUAUAAGAGGAACCUGACUUAUGGGGUUGGAAUUCACUGCACUAUGCUGUCAAAUUAGGACUGAUAGACGUAGUUUCUUAUAUGUUGUGGUGGAAAAAAUCCUUAGUGUACCUUCCGGCAGGCAGUGAAAAUGACUGGACAACAGCAAUUCACAUUGAAGCCAGUGAAGGUGAUGUAAACAUGAUCAUUGAGCUAUUAAAUCACUGCCCUGAUUGUCGCGAUACGCUUAACAGCAACAAUCAAAAUGCUCUUCAUGUUGCCAUAUUGAAAAAUCAAGACAAGGUAGUCUGCGUCUUAUUAGGCUCUGAUAAGUGCGACAGCCUUGUUAAUGAGCCAGAUAGUGAUGGCAACACUCCACUCCAUUUGCUUGCUGCCUCUGCUAACCAUGUGCCUGAAUUAAUAAAACAUCCUAGAGCAAACAAGAUGUCAUUUAACAAACAAAACCAGACUCCACUUGAUAUAGCAUUGUCAUGCAAAGCGACAACAAAGAAGGAGAAAUUGAUGGAGGAUUUGUGCAGCAUUGGUCAAUUUGGAAAACGUGACUUUGAGGUAAGGGAAGAUGAUCACGAUAAAGAUAAAAAGGCAGAUCAAACAGUAGUCAAAAGUAUCAUGAAGGUAGCUCAAAUCCAUAUUGUUGUGGCCACUUUGAUAAUGACAGUCACUUUCGCCGCUGGUAUCACAUUGCCAGGAGGUUUUGAGAGCGACUCCGAUAGCCCUAAUCAAGGAAUGGCGAUUCUAAUAAGGAAAACAUCAUUUUGUGCAUUUGUUGUUUCCGACGCCAUUGCCUUCACAUUCUCAGCUGUUUCCAUAUUCAUCUACUUCCUCAUGGCAGCUCAAAGUAGAACUCCUCAAUGUAAAAAAAUUGUAUUGAAGCUUUAUAGAAUCGCAGGUAUUUGUCAGUGCUUGACAAUGUUUGCAGUUGUAAUUGCAUCCGCAACGGGUAUGUUUGCUACUUUAUCACAUUCACUUGGUCUAGCUGUUACUGUCUGUUUCAAAGGUUGCCUCACUAUUUUAUUGUACAUCUUUUGUCAUGACAAUUCAAAAAAGAAAUGUUAGUAGUGGAGAAGCCAUGGCAAAAUACUUUUCCACUUAAGUAUAACGAUUUUGUCAGUUGCAGGGUUCAAACUUGUCACGUGCGCCUAAUUCACAAGUUUGCUCUUACCACUAGAUCGAAACCCUGGGUAUGACUAUGUUGCAUGGGUUUUACAUACGUGUUUUCUAUGUGACAUGGAUAUAGUUUCAAUGAUGGAUAAGGAGGUUAAGCUACAUGCACCUGUCUAAUUUAUGUUGUUUGGUCGAUUUUUUUAAUAGUCGAGAAUGUAAAUGGAAAACAUCCCUUGCGAAAACCUCACAACCUGGUGGUCAGCGUAAUAAUAAUGACAUUUGACCUGUCUAAUUCUUGGGCCUCUUUUUCGAAUCGCAAGCAAAUGUAUUGUUGGUCUGUCUAAUUCUUGGGCUUCUUCCUGGUUUAGCCUCGGGCACAACUUGGCUAGCCUCUGGAAUAUCCAUGUUCAUAACAUGUCCUUUGGAUCCUUCACCGGUCCACCCAUAACCAGCGGAAGCAAGCUAACCCCCUAUGUCGAAAAAUUGAGGGAAGAAUGCAUUUCUAAACGACAAAAGAUGUUGAAUUGAAUUAUACCGUUCUUAUUCAUUUUUGCUUUAUUAAGUCAUUUUUGUUAUAAAUGUAAACUCACAUUUGAAUCAUGGUCUCCUAGAAUUUUCACCCACUUCAACGUUCGAUUUGUAUUUGUAGUUUUUAGGAAUUCAAUUACUAUAACUUGAAAUCGUUGUGUCUGCUCAUGUUCAUGAACUGCACUAGUCUUUUUCUUACAUAUUACUAAUAUAUAUCGUACGGUGAGACCAACUGAAUGUCCCGACAAAGGC